GAUUGUGCUUUCUUCUCAUUGAAGCUUUAUGUGGAUGUAAAUAUUUUAGGAAGCACAAAUAAUUUUUCGUUUUCCUUUUUGUGAGCGCAUGAAUGAAAACGGAAGAAAAAGAUGAAAAAGAUGACUGAAAAGAACUCAGAACGGAACACGCCCAAAAGAAACUCUUCAAGCGUAGCUGGACUGAUAUCUGGCCAAGCUACGUCACUACCAGCUGAUGUACUUGAAACACUCUACAGAAGUUAUUCACUGAAGCAAAAGCGUUCGGGUCUGACAUGCUUUAUAGCUGCUUCCAUUGUGUUUGACUUAUGGGCGAUCCUAGUGCCGCAAGGACAAAGCGUAGAAAGUUUAGGUGUAACUUGUGUAUUUUUAUUGCUUAACAUCAGUCUGGCUGUAUUUCUCAAAUUCUGUGGAAAAUCUCGAUUUCGGGGCGCUGUUUGGGAAGUUUCUCCAUUGCUGUCAUGGAUUUUUGCAAUCACGCAAUUGAUUGUUCAAUUAUUUCUCAAAGGAGCUGUAACACCAAGACGAUGA